AGAAGCACAAGAAAUAAAUUUUGUGCUACAUUUUGGCAAUGGAUCCCAACAAUCUAGAGGAGUGCUGGUUCUUCGGCAACCUUCUCGAGACGAGAUCAAAAUCGAGAAUGGUUCGAAGCAUGUCGGAUCCAUGCUCGUCGUCGUCGGGAAAAUCGUACGAGGAGGCUUAUGAAACCAUCAAGAAAUUAGAAUCACGAAGGAGUUCGAAUAGAAAAAGCUCGUCGAAGAAGAGGAGAGGCUUGGCCCGCGCCCCCUCCCUUCCAACGAGCUUAGAGAGCCGGGACAAUGAAGAAGAAGAAGUCGAAUUUUCCAUGGGAAAAUUGAUUAGACAAGCUUCUCUCAACACUCGCUUUCCUCCUCCUUCACAAAUUCCUUCUAAUAAGGCAAGCCCGAGUCUAAAUUGUUUGGAAAUUGAAGAGGUGCAGCAAGGUUUUAAGGAUUUGGGAUUGAUAGAGAAAGAGUUUAAUGUGGUUGAUCGAAGAGCUCCGCCGGUGCCGCGGUGGGGCGGGAAGAGAGCGCCGGAUGAGAUGAAGGCGCAGAUCAAGUUUUGGGCAAGGGCGGUGGCCUCUAACGUGCGCCAGGAGUGUUAAUUUUAACACCAUAGGAUUCCUAAAUUCCAAUCAUUUUGUCCUCUAUUGCUUUUAACAUCACCAACGCAACAUCAUUCUUUUUCGAAUUUUGUAAACCAAAUAACGUUCUUUCUUUGUAAUUUUUUCUUGUAAUAUAGAUUUGUUGGAAAUUCAAUUGAAUUAUCAAUAAAAUUCAUGUCAUGAUUUGGUUGGCCA